AUGCCAUCUCUUUCUUCCCUCGCACCGCCGUCAUUCCGCAAUGUGCUCCUGUUGUCGACCAUCAUAAGAGUUGCCCUCAUCCUCUACAGCGAGUGGCAUGACGCUCGCUCUGUCGUAAAAUAUACCGACGUCGAUUAUCGCGUCUUCGCAGACGCGGCCGCGUUCCUCCUCCUCCCUGGACCAGAAACAACGAAUCGUGCUCAAGGACUAGUUAAGAGUCUACUUGGGCACACAUUAGAUGUCGGAGAUCCAUACACAAGGGAGACUUAUCGGUAUACCCCUCUGCUUGCGCUCCUGCUUACUCCGAAUGGCUGGCUACACUCCUCGUUCGGAAAAUACAUGUUUGCGCUAUGCGACAUUUUGAACGGCAUCCUCAUUUACCAGCUGCUCAAAACCGAGAUCCUGCCCGAACACGGGUCUGGGAAACUCAUUGACGCUACAAAACAGCCCUCAAGUGAAGAAGCUUCGUCAAGUUCAACAGAACACGUUGCCACUCUCUGUGCUGCAGCCCACCUCCUCAACCCCCUCGUCUUCUCCAUAUCCACGCGUGGUUCCUCCGAAUCCGUUCUUUCGUCGUUCGUCCUCGUUACACUUUAUGCCUCACUGAAAGGACGCUGGGAUUUGGCCGCUAUUUUCCUUGGGCUAAGUGCACAUUGGAAGAUAUACCCUAUCAUUUACGGUGUUGGGUGCCUAGGAGUGGUUGGCGGAUCUGGUCGUAAAGUGAGGGGUCUGGGAGAUUAUUUGCAGACGAUUGUGAAUAGGAAAACGAUUCGUUUCGCCGUGAUCGGUGGUGGCACUUUUUUGCUUCUUGGUGCAAUAUGUUAUGCCGUCUGGGGAUACCCUUUCCUCUACGAAUCCUAUCUCUACCAUCUCCACAGGCUGGACCACCGUCAUAAUUUUUCGCCGUACUUCUACCAAGUAUACCUUACCUAUCCCUCUCUCUCCGGACCCUCCUCCGAUGCACCGUCGCUCACGAGUCAAAUUUUAAGGUCGCCUUUAACGAGCUUCGUACCACAGAUGGGAUUGGCUUUUGGUCUCGGGCUUCUCUUUGGACGUAGGAAGGAAGACCUAGUGUUCACUUGGUUUGUGCAAACGGUGGUUUUCGUUGUCUUCAACAAGGUCUGCACCUCACAGUAUUUCCUUUGGUACAUCCUCCUAUUACCUCUCCUGAUUCCAAAACUAUCCUUCUCGAGGUGGGAAGCCAUCAGCUAUGUGGCUGUCUGGGUAGGCGCCCAGGCACUAUGGCUGAAUGAGGCGUACAAACUAGAGUUUUUGGGCCAGAAUGUGUUCUUCGGGUUGUGGGUUAGAGGCUUGAUAUACGUUGUCGGAAACUGCUGGGUUCUAGUGGGUGUCAUGCAUGCAUAUGCAAAGACGCCGACAAAGCAUGCAUGA